GUUCCUUCAAAUCAUGAAAUUUUGGGAUUAUAACUGAGUUCUUGUUUCAUGUUGUCUUGAAUUUGUAUCCCUUUCCUUUGAUGAAAAAAUAUUUUAGCCAUGGAGAGAUCACAAGUUUGACUCGACGAUUUAAUGGAUAACUACUGAACUUUUUGCUUUUCAUAUGUUUUCUUUUGGAAAGCAAGAACUCAUAGUCAAUCAUGCCUCUUCAAACAGAAUGAAUUCUGCAUCGACUCAGUUUGUUCCCUCAAGACGGAUGGGCAUCUGUGAGCCUAUCCAUCAAAUGGCCAUGUGGGGAGAUUUCAAAGGCAACGAUUUGCUGCCUGUGUCUCCACCGAUGAUUCUAGAUUUUGAGGCUAAACUAGACAAUCAGUCAGAGGACACUUCGCAUCAAACUGCCGGGCCUUCUAAUAUUUAUACCGAACAAGCAAGUAAACUCAAUGACAAGGCACUCAGACGGUUGGCACAGAACCGUGAGGCUGCGCGUAAAAGCCGUAUGAGGAAAAAGGCAUAUGUUCAGCAAUUGGAAAACAGCAAAUUAAAACUCAUUCAGUUAGAACAAGAGCUCGACAGGGCCAGAAAACAGGGUCGAUAUGUAGACAGUAGUGCAGAUACUACACAGCUCAGUCACUCCGGAUCUAUGAAUCCAGGUAUAUUGAAAUUUGAAAUGGAGUACAGCAGUUGGUUGGACGAACAGAACAGAAGAAUUUCUGAUUUAAGGAAGGCUGUGCAUUCGAACAUUGGAGAAAGGGAGAUGCAGAUUCUUGUUGAUGCUGCAAUUAAGCACUACUCACAUUUAUUCACAAUGAAGGCUGCCGCCGCAAAGGCUGAUGUUUUCUAUAUCAUGUCUGGCAUGUGGAAAACUCCAGCCGAAAGAUUUUUCUUCUGGAUAGGGGGAUUUCGGCCUUCAGAAACCAUAAAGAUUCUCUUGCCACAUUUAGAGCCACUAUUAGAGCAACAACAUUUGGACAUUUCUAAUCUCGGGCAAUCGUGUCAUCAAGCAGAAGAUGCCUUAUCACAAGGAAUGGAUAAACUCCAACAUAUAAUCGGGGGAACCUUAGCUGAUGGCCAACUAGGUGAAGGCAACUACUUCUCUCAGAUUAAUGCUGCCAAGGACAAGUUGGAAGACCUAGUCAGGUUCGUGUGUCAGGCUGAUUAUCUUCGGCAAGAAACUCUGCAGCAGAUUUAUCGCAUACUUACAACAUAUCAAACAGCUCAAGCUCUACUUGCCAUGGGGGAGUAUUCUCAACGUCUUAGAACUUUAAGCUCAUGCUGGUCUUCCCGUUCCCAUGAAAGAGCUUAGAUACAGCAGAUUGAGUUCACUAUCAUUUUAGUUAUGUCGUAGGAAUCUAUGUUAUGAAAAAUUCUUAUGUUGCUGCUUCCUAUGAUAAUUGAGAAAUCUGUAAAUAUGAUCAGACAGAGAUGUCUGUUGAUAGGAAUCUGUUUCCACUUUUGUCAUAUACUUGCUGAUUCUCCACGCAUUCAUUCUAUACAUGUUUACAUCAUUCUGUAGUUUUUCCAGGAUUCGAUUGAA